UUUUAUCAACGUUUGGUGGCCAUCUCAAGCAUGCACCCUGUUACCGUGGCUUCCAUGGAGUAGCUGGGCUACCUCUUCAGUGUACUGUGUUGGUGUAGUUUGGUCUGAUGUGUUUGUGUGUGGUGUCCUCUUUCCUUGAGCACAAGAAGCCAGCAUGACCAGAGAUUAAUUAUUCAAGGACCAACAGCCAAAGGGAGAGUCACCUGAUAGUACGGGCUUACAAUAUUACAACCUGAUAUCAGGUGAAACGGCAGACCCUGCUUCAUCUUCUUUUCUGCUUGUUUUCCUCCUCCCUCUCUCCGUUCCACAGCUACAGUACAUGAAGACUUGAAAGAGAACUUUCACAGCUUCAAGCGGAAAAUUUGUUUUGUUUUGUUUUUUUCCCCUCCGUUAAGCUUUCUCGGCUUUUUCCUUUUUUGCCAAUGCUUGUCCCUAACAAACAGUUGAGUCUUGGUCGCUCCCACAGUUGGGACACAUUAGGGGGGAAUGAGGGUCAGUGGGACAGGGCUGAGAGUGUCUACGAGCAGCAGGCAAGAGUAGCGGGCCGGCGGAGCUCUCUGUCAUACGGAGAGGGAGGUGGGUGGUAUGAGCCUCCACCAGGAGUGCAGCCCCCUGACCUGGAUUUGAAACGCGACCCAUAUUCCUACCAAGACUCUCUCUACUCACAGGUUUACGCAGAGCGACACGACCCACGGGGGAUGAGGAAGGGCUCUGUGCCUGAUCUAAACCACUACAAACGUGCACCCAUGGCUCACCGAGGAUCCAUUCCACAUCAGGAUUACUAUUCCCAUAACCCGGCCAUGACUCCUCGGCCACCUGAGGGCUUUUAUCGGCCAGAACAACAGCCUCCUCAUCCACUCAGUAGGUCAGGUUCUCAUUUUGGGAUGACACCUGUGGCUCGUGCUAUGUGGGAUCAAGGUCAGGGAGGGAGAGCAGGACCUCAAGCUCCUUCAUCGCCUCUACCUCCUCCUCCUCCUCCUCCUCCUACUGCUCAUGAGUUGAAUCGGGCUUAUAGGGAACCUGGUGCUGUAACUGCUGCCAAAAUGACGCCAGAUGGCCAACAGUGCAUACCCUCCCGAGAUCCGUCUCCUGCUCACUAUGGGAUGGAGCAUGCAUCUCCUCGGUAUGCCAGUGAGCCUCCACCUCUGACCGGUCAGUCAGUUUAUACUGAUGUUAAUGGCCGCCCAUUGGAUCCGCAGCAGCAUGCUGCUACCUGUCUAGUAGUAGAUCCUGCCAGUCAAGGUAUGAUUAUGAGGCAAGAGACAGCCUCACCCUAUACCAUCCAACAACAGCAGCAGUUACAGCAGCAACAACAAAUACAACAGCAACAACAGAUACAACAACAACAACAAAUACAACAGCAACAAUUACAACAGCAGCAACUUCAACAGCAACAAAUACAACAACAGCAGUUACAGCAACAGCAACUUCAGCAACAACAAAUACAGCAGCAACAACUUCAACAGCAACAGCUUCAACAACAGCAGUUACAGCAACAGCAACUUCAACAAGAACAGUUGCAGCAGCAUCUGCAACAGCCCCUGCCACCUCCACCUACUAUGCCCAUGUCUGACCCUAACCUUUCUAUGGCAGCUCCACUUCCCGCUCCACCUGCCCCAGUGCAGACCGCAACACUUGCCCCUGCUGCACCUGCCCCUGUGCAGGCUGCCCCAUAUUCAGCCCCUCCUCCCCCAGCCACUCCACUCCCUGCUCCUCUUUCUGCUCCUCCAUCCACUGCCCCAGGGACGCCUUUGCCUGUGGACCCCAAGAGGACAGUUGAUCCUGAGUUCCUUGCCUUGCUGCGAAAUGAGGGCCUCUCAGAGAGCACCAUCUCCUCAGUUAUCCAGCAGGGAUUUGACUCCGCUAGCAUGCUAGCUGUUAUGGAGGAGAACGAUGUGCGCACCGUCGCCCCCAACCUCGGCCAAGCACGUGUACUGUCUCGCUUGGUCCACAACUGCAAGCGGCCUGUUGAUGCUCUGCCAGCCCCAUCUCAACCUCAGACACCCAUGCGAGGCCGCUCUAAUAGUUUUAGCCAUCGCUCAGACAUCUACCACCAGCAGCAGCACCACCACCCACCGCAUCCUCCACAGGCUUUGACUGUGGACCCCCAUCUGAUGCCCCCACAGACCCCUGGGGGCAUGCAGACCAUCUCCCCAAGGAUGGGAGAAGUAAUGGGUAGGAGGCCCAGCAGUGCCCCCUCUCAGCACCUCCUGGAAGCCUCUGGAGGCUACCCAGGCCAACCACCUCGAUCCCCGGGGCCAUACACUGGAGCCAUUAUGCCUGUUCAGUCAAGACCCAUGUCUGCCUACUCUUCUGGGAUGACAAUGCCAGGGAUGCCCAUGCAGGCAAUGCAGAUAAUGCCACAGCAGAUGACUGGGUCAAUGCCUGCCAUACCAGGGUCUAUUCACUCCAUGCCAGGUAUGCCACAACAGAUGCCCAUGUCCCUGCCAGCUUUACCACAGCCACCACAACAGGUACCGAAAGCAUACUCUACCAAUUACACAGUGCCCAUGGAGCUGAUGAAGAGGGACAGGAACUUACUGCCAUUGUCACCCAUGCACAGCCCUCACCCCAGUCCUCAGCUGAUGCGUAAGGGUGGGGGACCCACACCAGACAAUGCUCAUGUCCCUAUGGGAGCACCAGGUCAAGGCCAAGGUGCCCUGGUUGCUAACCAGAAGCUAAGUCGACGCACGGGUCCACCAGUCAUCAUGUCCUCUAUGGCGUCUCCAGAUACAAGUAUUCGGCCCCAGAUUAUGAAUGGGCCUAUGCACCCACGCCCCCUGGUGGCGCUGCUAGAUGGGCGCGACUGCACUGUGGAGAUGCCCAUCCUCAAAGAUCUGGCUACCGUGGCUUUCUGUGAUGCCCAGUCCACACAGGAGAUACAUGAAAAGGUGCUAAAUGAGGCAGUAGGGGCCAUGAUGUAUCACACCAUCACCCUGACCAGAGAGGACUUAGAGAAGUUCAAGGCACUGCGCAUCAUCAUCCGCAUUGGCAGCGGCUACGACAACAUCGACAUCAAGGCUGCCGGAGAGCUCGGCAUCGCAGUGUGUAAUAUUCCCUCAGCGGCUGUAGAAGAAACAGCAGACUCAACACUUUGUCACAUCCUCAACCUGUACCGGCGAAACACCUGGCUGUACCAGGCUCUCCGGGAGGGCACACGGGUCCAGAGCGUGGAGCAGAUCCGGGAGGUGGCGUCGGGGGCGGCCAGGAUCCGAGGAGAGACGCUUGGCCUCAUCGGAUUUGGUCGCUCAGGCCAGGCGGUGGCGAUGCGGGCCAAGGCGUUUGGCUUCAACGUGAUCUUCUACGACCCCUACCUCCAGGACGGCUUGGAGCGCUCGCUGGGCGUUCAGCGAGUCUACACGCUCCAGGACCUGCUCUACCAGAGUGACUGUGUCUCCCUACACUGCAACCUGAACGAACACAACCACCACCUCAUCAACGACUUCACCAUCAAACAGAUGCGCCAAGGCGCUUUCCUGGUCAACUCGGCACGGGGAGGGUUGGUGGAUGAGAAAGCUUUGGCUCAGGCCCUGAAAGAAGGCAGGAUACGGGGAGCCGCCCUGGACGUCCACGAGUCAGAGCCUUUCAGUUUUUCCCAAGGUCCUCUAAAAGACGCCCCCAACUUGAUCUGCACACCCCACACUGCCUGGUACAGCGAGCAGGCGUCACUGGAGAUGAGAGAGGCCGCCGCCACAGAAAUACGCAGAGCCAUCACUGGCCGUAUUCCUGACAGCCUCCGAAACUGCGUCAACAAAGAGUUCUUUGUUACCACGGCACCCUGGGGAAUGAUGGAGCAGCAGCAGCCUCAAGUUCACCCUGAGAUGAAUGGUGCUGCCUACAGAUUCCCUCCUGGUGUGGUGGGCGUCGCCCCCGGCGGGAUUCCCGGACCUAUGGAGGGGUUGGUGCCUGGGGGAGUGCCCAUUGCCCACACCCUGCCCCCUGGUACCCAUCCGUCACAGGCCACCUCCCCCAACCAACCCUCCAAACAUGGCGACCCCAUGAGAGAGCACAUGACUGAGCCGUAGGACUGCUGCUGUAACCGAGUAAGGGGGCUAAAACCGAUGUAAACUAAAACCCAGCGACCUACCAACUCAACCAUCCAACUGUACGCUUGACUUCAGCCAUCUUAACCUACCAGCAGGCUGCCUGCCGGGCAACGUUUCACACAUUUUCUUUUUGUAUGAAACCACUAAGCCCAAGUGAGGACAGUGGAUGUUGAUACACACAUGAGCUGCCACACUGAGAUGGGACUGACCGUCAAACUCAUGCGUCAAAGAUCUGAAACAUUUCCUCCCCCAUAUCUGUUUUUGUUCUUCAUUGAUAUAAGUGAUAUUUUUGUUUUUAUCUUCAUUUUUGAGUAUAUUUUAGGGUGAUUCCUCCUGACUUCUGGGACACAUUGACAUUACCACGUGCAGGAUGGAAAACCGACCCACCCUCCCUGGUUUAAAGGAAGAGCUUGAAGGGACAGUGACUUCAUAAACGCUCUGUCAAGCCUCCGUUUCCCCACCGUCCUCGUCAAUUUCACCCAUUUCAGCGCAAACGUGUCUUGUGCUAUUUUGUUUUUUUUUUAUUUUCUUCUGUUUAUCCUAUAUUCUGUGUUUCUUUUGCAAGUGAAUAUUUUUUUCUGUUCGUCAGUGUGUGAAAAUGAAUGGAUUUACAGUUACAUGUAUGUUUAGCAGGCAAGAAAAGUCAGCUGAUGACAACAGCAGCAUCUGCCGUCUCCAUCAGAAAUCUGGACUCUUUUCUAAUCGUUGUGGCUGGGGCCCUCUGAAUGUAGAGACAAAAUGCGGGGCAGCAGAUGUGGUUUCCAGUUCCAGGAAGAAUAUUUCAGCUUGUGAGGUAAAAAUGACCCUUUUCAACCAAAAAAAGUAAAGAAAAAGAAAAAAAUAGACUGACAUUCAUGGUUAUAUAUUGUAUGUUGAGUGUGUCACCUCAAUUAAAUAUUGCUGUUGUAACUUUUCCAACUCUGCUGAACUGAGGUACCUACAACAUUUGUUUACUGUCCCAAAAAUGAUCUGUUCGCAUCCAAAGGACCUACAGUACAUUGCAGAACCAGCUAGUGAGGUAGAAAAGUGUUUGGAAAAAUAAAAACAGUAAAUCUCUUACUGACUCAGGAAAAAAAUUAUAUCAAAUAUGUCCAAAUCUGAACAGAAAAGAAUUAAAACCAAGUCUGGAUUAUUGCUUUUCAUGUCUCCACCUCUUUCUCCAUUGUGGUAUUUUUUUAUAUAUCAAAUGUAUCAAAAGUUUUUUGAUGUUAAAGAUUUUCAGUCUUGUUAGAUUUGUAUUGCCUUGUUAAAUGUUCUUAUAAUCAUAGUCUUAUGUGACCAACCUCACCCUCUCCUCCUCAAAGUUUCUUUGUUUUUCCGCUCUAAUGAAAACCAGCUGUGGCUCUCGGAGGCAUCGUGCCCUCUAUGAACAACAGCAGCCACUUCCAUCCCGUUUAGCCCCACGACGUUAGCAAGAGAUGGCUGCUAGCCGAUUGUUUGGUUUUUAGUGUGAGUAUUUGUAUUUGUUUCUUGUACAAGGUGAACAUAUAGCAUACAGUGCAGCUGGAAACAAUAAAUAAAACUUACUGUUCUGAUUGA